AUGGCGGAGAAAGACGAAGGAGAAAUUCGUUUAAUAGGAUCGAUAACGCCUUUCAUGAGAAAUGACCUUAAGAGAAAUGCUAACUUUUAUGAGGUCUUGGUUCCGUUAUACUCUGUCAGUGAAUUCAGAUCCCACUUUCAAAUGACGAGAACAACGUUCGAGGCAUUUAGCAGAGAAGUGGCAGCCACAGGUUCAAUCCCUAGAGGAAAUCGUUUUGGAAGAAAACCAAUACCCAUUUAUAAGCAGGUUUUGACGUUUAUUUGGUUUAUUUCCAACAUGGAAAGUAUGAGGUCUGUCACCGACAGGUUCAAUGUUACCCUCAGAAGCUUAGGGUGGAUCAGAAAGAGGGUAUCUGAAGCAGUGAUAACUCUCCGAGAAGAAUACAUCAAAUGGCUGAAUGAUACGUUUAGAUUGGAUUUUCUUUUGUCAGAGUGUUAUCAAAUUAAAGAAGGUAUUUGUUAGUGACUAGUGUUGUUUCAGUUUGUAAUGUUUAUAUUGUAAGGUAAACUUAUGCAUUUUCUGCAGAAAAUGAGAUUUUGCAAUAAUGCAGAACUUUGAGGCACAAUCUGGGUUUCCGAGAAUAAUCGGUGCCAUCGAUGGUACACAUAUAAGGAUUUGA